UUAGGUACUGGCAGAACCGGACCGAGCCGUGUUCUCUCUGGUAGCGCCUUACGGAUUCCGAGGAGCCUCGGUGGCGUGACUGCACUGUUGAUCCGGAUUCUGUGCACGCGUCAGCUGUCGCAGUGUUUGCUGGGAGUUUUGACGAUGGCGGACUGCGUCGCUAAGGUGGAACUGUGCGUUUCCUGCUCCAGCCUGCUGGAUAAAGAUGUCGGAUCAAAGUCGGACCCUCUGUGUGUUCUCCUGCAGCGCUCUGGAGACAACAAAUGGACUGAGGUGGAUCGCACCGAGCAGGUGAUGAACUCCUGCAGUCCAUCGUUCAGUCGGCGCCUCAGACUGGACUACCACUUUGAAACUGUUCAGAAUCUGAAGCUGGCUGUGUACGACAUCGACAACUCUACAUCGGACCUCAGCGAUGAUGACUUCCUGGGAGGGGUGGAGCUAACCCUGGGACAGAUCGUUUCCAGUAAAACUUUGACUCGUCCUCUGCAGCUGAAGAAAGACAAACCUGCAGGAAAAGGAUCCAUCACUAUCACAGCAGAACAAGUCAUGGACAACCGAGCUAUUCAGCUGGAGGUGGAGGCCAAGAACCUGGACAAGAAGGACACAUUUGGGAAGUCUGAUCCAUUUCUGGAGAUCUUAAAGCAGGGAGGUGAUGGAAAAUGGCAACUGGCUCAUAGAACAGAGGUGGUGAAGAACACGCUGAGUCCCUGCUGGAAGAUGUUCAGUGUUCCUCUGCAGACCUUCUGCUCUUGUGAUCUGGAAGGACUGCUGAAGGUGGAUUGUUCUGAUUACGACAGUGAUGGAAGUCAUGAUCUGAUCGGCUCUUUCACCACAAAGGUCUCAGAGCUGCAGAAAGCGGCUCUUGGGUCUCCGGUGGAGUUUGAGUGUGUCCACCCGGACAAAAAGAAGAAGAAGAAGAGCUACAAGAACUCUGGUGUCGUCAUCAUCAAGAGCUGCAAGCUGCAGACUCAGUACAGCUUCCUGGACUACAUGAUGGCCGGCUGUCAGAUCAACUUCACGGUGGGCAUCGACUUCACCGGCUCUAACGGAGACCCUCGCUUGCCCUCCUCCCUCCACUACAUGAGUCCAGACGGGUUGAACCAGUACCUCAACGCUCUGUGGUCGGUGGGUCAGGUGGUCCAGGACUAUGACACGGAUAAGCUCUUCCCAGCAUUUGGAUUUGGAGCCAAACUGCCUCCAGACUAUCAGGCCGCUCACCAUGAGUUCGCACUGAACUUUAACCCCACCAACCCCUACUGCCAGGGUGUGCAGGGGAUAGUAGAGGCUUACCGGAUGGUCUUACCUCAGCUCAGGCUGUCUGGACCAACAAACUUCUCUCCUAUCAUCAACCAUGUUGGUUCCAUUGCUGCCACUGCGGCACAGAGCAACAGCCCCACUCAGUACUUUGUCCUGCUCAUCCUGACUGAUGGCGAGAUCACAGACUUUGACCAGACGAAAGACGCCAUUGUUCGGGCGUCACGGCUGCCGAUGUCAAUCAUCAUUGUGGGAGUUGGGCCGGCGGACUUUAAGGCCAUGGAGCUGCUGGAUGGAGAUGACGGCGUGCUGAGGUCCACGGUGGGGGAGGCAGUCGCCAGAGACAUUGUCCAGUUUGUUCCCUACAGACAGUUCAACAAUUCUGACAGAUCCGCUCUGGCUCAGUCUGUCCUCGCUGAAGUUCCAAACCAGCUGGUUUCUUAUUUUAGAAUGAGAGGUCUCGACCCCCCAAAACCACCAGCCCCCAAGUCUUAGACCACGCCCCCACUGCCAUAACCCUGCCCACCUGAUAGCAUCACUGCAAAUGCCUUAACACUACUAACUAGCUACUGCUGCUAACUAACUUGCCCAUCUGAUAGCUUGACUGUUAAUGGGUUAACCUCCCUGAAGAUUAGUCGAGCUCCCUGGCUUGAAAUAAUGCUCCACCCUUGCAAACCCACCUGGGUCCUGGAUGGCAUCCUCUCAGGAAGACAGCCGGUCCAUCCCCUCCUCUCCGAAGUAAGUCUCUCUGCUGCAGCCAGGAGAGACGUGUCCUUGAUCUUCUCCAGCUGCUGAGGUCCUCAACACCGAGGCCCCGUGUGCUGGAUUGUGUCCAGAGGAAUGGGACUCAAGGAUCCUCCACGGGGACCUGGUACCAAAGACAUCCAGUCGUCACUGGUCAGAGUCCCAAGUCUGACCACCAGACGGAAGCACCAGGGCCUCAGAGACAUGGACAUCCCCACUGAGCUCAGUAAGCAUCUCAGGUGCUGCAGAGAUUUAGAACUUUAACUGCGAGAAUUAAUGUUGUGUAAUGGCCUAAGCCCCGCCCUAAAUAUUAAGCCACAACUUCAUCUCAUUCCACAGCUAGACCACACCCCUGUGCUCUGGCUUCACCCCUCUCCCCCACCACUCUUCAAGGACCUCCCUGAUGUUGUCUCAGCCAAUCAGUGUGCAGCUCUGAGCUGUUAGCCAAUCAGGAUGCCGGGAGCAUCUGUCCUUGUACAUUUUAUAAUCAGAGAUUUUUGUUUCUUUGCUGCAUUUUCACACUUGAUUAAAUAACUGAUUGAAAAAAG